AUGUCGCCGCCCCGCCGUCGCUCGGCCCGUUUGGCCAGUGCAAACACACCGAAGCCAAAAGCCAAAUCUGCUCUUGCCGCCGUCGCCGAACGCGACGAAACCCCUCCAUCGCAAGAGGUUGCCAAGAGCCUGAAUGCCCUCGUUGUUCCCAACCACGAUCCUGCCACUCCUUCCUCAUCUACAAACAUGAAGGCGCCAUUGUCCGAAAUGCACCCGAGCAAAGUACACCACACUGUCGCACCUCCCUCGGCUACCUGGCUUGGCUUCAGAGACAUGAAGCCUUCCGACAAAAACGCCGACCACCAGACGACGCCUUCCAAGACCACCGGCGUGCCUGAGUCGCCCUUCACCUUCCGCGUUGCGCAGCCUACCUGUGACACCGGCCUGAGCAACGACGCCCAGCAGAUGAUGAACGAGCUGCGCGAGGAAGCCGCCAAAAUCAAAAUGGAGCUGCUCGCCAAGCGCGAGCUGGAGAGAGAGGAUGAAGAAAUCAGCGGGCGCAGGAUUGCCAAGGCCCGGGGCAAGUCUGGUCGCUACAGCGCCGCCCACAUGGCCGAGUUCAAGAAGAUGGACUCUAUCGAAGGUCACCCCUCAUCUUUCCGGGCCCAAGCUGGCCGAGUCACUCCGCUCAAGGGCUCUUUGAAGCGUACCCAAUCCAAGGCCAACCUUGAUGACACGCCCACUCAAGCAAAGUCUAGCUUGAAGCGGUCCGUUUCCAAGGUCAACUUGGACGACACCCCCACGCAUCCGAAAUCUAGUAUUAAAAUGUCUCCCACAAAGGCAAACCUCCAAGACACACCGACUCAUCCAAAGUCAAUUCUCAAGCAGCCUUCGAGGACCAACCUGGGCGUGCCUGGCACGCCCACUCAGCAGAAAGCAAGCCUUAAGCGGUCUCCCUCCAAGGCCAAUCUAGACGACACGGACUCUAGCGACUCCAAGAACGCUCCAUUCAGUUCUCGACCCAAGGCUCGUCUCUUCGCCCUCAUCGAGCCUCCCGCUUCCGUCAAGCGUGUGCGACAACGCUUUGAGGACGACGCCUCUUCGGCUCGACCUGUUUCUCGCGAUGGUAGUUCUCUUCCGCGCCCCAAGUCGAGCGGAACCGACGCCCCUGCUGGCCUUCGAUCUCAACCUAGCCUGGCAUCCCUGACGAGCCCUACCGCUUCUUCGCUGGCCCGCACCACCGGCAGCAGAAUGCCUCUUCCCGGCACGCUGACAAAGUCAGCUAGCAAGCCCGACCUGGGAAGCCUCAGAAAGUCUCCCUCGAAGCCCGAGCUUGGAAGCCUUAGAAAGUCGCCUUCUAAGCCUGAGCUGGGUGGUCUCACAAAGUCUUCCACGACCAACAACCUGACUGCGUUGGAGAAGACGGCCGAGCUGAAACGCAGGAUUGUGAGCCCAGGCCGAUUUGAAAGAGUCAAGUCAAUACUGCGCGGCGGCAAGGGAGUUUUGGACCAGACGAAGAGCGCUAUUCCCCAACCCGCCUCUGGUACCUCGCAAACCCCUGCACCGCAAAUGGCGGAUAAGAAGCCUCUGCAGGCCGUUCCGUUCACAACUCCGCGAAGGAAACUGUUCAAGAGGGUCGACUUCACUCCGGACACUGAUCGGACCGCCGCUGCUGCUGCUCCCAAUACAAUCGCACAUCGAGCUUUUGCCAGCAUGACUCCCAUCCGCAAGCAGGCAGAGGUCCAGUACCCGAGCCUUGAUGCCAUGCUCGGCAACGUCACCCAGAGAAAGGAGGAUGAUGGUCUCUAUCCCGAGCUAAAUGUCGACAGCCCGUCUGAGAAGGCGAGCGAGAAGACCGCAGAUAAGUUGACUGAGAGCAACAACGACCUGCCCCCGACCAUUCCUGGCACAUUCACCUUCCGCAGCGACCACACAAUCCGGUUUGGUAGCGCCUCGCCCACUGGCUUUGGAUCGUCUGCUGGACAGGCUAGCCUGCGUCAUGUCCGGCCCUCGCUGGACAUGCCGGGUAGCUUCCCGGCCGGCACCGAAUUCGCCGCGAACAAGGAGAAUAGGUCCCCCAUGCAGCUGCUCGCCGGCAAGCCCCACGGCAUGCCCAACAAGAAGCGGGCUCGGGCCCGUGAAGAAGAGGGAGACCUUGAAGAGAAGCCAGCUGAGAGAGCCGGCAAGAGACGUAAGGCCGAGUAUGUUCCCGAGGGCGAUGCUCUCCUUGCUCCCAGACUUAUGGGAACGACCCCCGGUACUGUGGGCAAGAAGAUUCAGAGUUCUCGGACUGCCCCUUCGCCUAGCCCCAUGAAGCGCAGCGGCAUGAGUUUAAGCCGACUUAACAUGCUCGCGAAGCCCAAGAUGCGACGUUGA